AUGAAUAAGCGAUCGUCAGUAUCAACGGUACCAGGGACAAGUCCAUUACGUGUGGGGUUCAUUGGACUUUCUGCUAACAAGGGAUGGGCCAUAAAAUCGCAUUAUCCUGCGCUCCUACAAGUAUCAUCUCAAUUUCAGAUCACAGCGGUUCUGGAUGUUGAUCUAGAAGCUUCCAAGGCUACCAUUGAGAAAUUGAAAUUGGUGCGGGCCAAACCGUUCGAGGACGUGAAACAAUUUGCGCAGUACGAAAAUGUGGACCUCAUCGUAGUCUCCAUCAAUGUACCCAAUUUCUAUAAAGUGGUAGCCGAUCUGUUCAAGUACUCUCAGGGCAAUGCUAGUUUCAGAUAUCUGUUUGCUGAAUGGAGUAUAGGCCGCAAUCUACAAGAGGCUCAAGAAGUGUACCGGCUGGCUUCCUUACGUGGAAUUCGAACCAUUGUGUCUUUACAAGGCCGGAAAUCACCCUACGUUCUGAGGGCCAAAGAAUUGGUGUCACAAGGGUGUAUUGGCGAGAUAAACAGUAUCGAGAUUGCAGCUAUUGGAGGAUUUUAUGGAUACGAACGACCCUAUAAGUCGCCAGAUUAUCUUUACGAUGCUGAAAGCGGUGUUAAUCUGGUCUCUCAGGCAUUCGGCCACACUAUUGAUAUUUUACAGUACAUCACAGGGUCCUACUUUUCGGAAGUCAAUGGUAUGAUUUUCAAUAACAUUCCGAAGCAGCGAUUGAUCGAUGAACGAAACAAAAGUAUGGAUCAAGAGAAACCCAAAUCAGCACCAGACCAUUUAUUGUUCCAAGGUACGCUGGAAACCGGGAAUGUGCCGGUUUCUUGCAGUUUCAAAGGCGGAACACCAGUCAAGAAAUUUACAAAAAAUUUGGUCAUUGAUAUUCACGGUACUAAAGGUGACUUAAAACUAGAAGGUGACGCGGGCUUUGCAGAAAUGUCAAAUUUGGUGCUGUACUUCUGCGGCCAAAAGCCAGAUGAAGACCAUUCCACUAGCUCAGCAGAGACCAUGGAAGUUUACCACCUCCGCAAUUACAACUCUAUCGUCGGUAACAUUUUACGCAUUUAUGAGGCAAUCGCAGAUCACCAUUUCAAGGCUAAUCCCUCCAGAAAAUUGCCCGACGAUUUUUCCAAACAAGGCUUCGAGUUUGGUGGAUUUCCGACUUUCACGGAUGCCCUUGUGGUUCACAAUCUUAUUGACGUGGUGCUUCGCAGUCACUACCAGAAAGCUACUCUUCCCGUACCGAAGCCACCCAUCGACGAUGACGGUCCAGAUACCUGA